CUGCACAACCAGUUCAGAUUUCCACAUUCACCAAAUUGGCUGGAAAAGUAAUUAUCUGUUGAGUAUUGGACAGAAUUCUGAGUGACUAACACUUGUUAUAUAAAAAACGAAAGUUUCUGAACUGCAUCAAAAAGAUUUCAGAAAGUUUUGCAACGCCCGUUGAAAAAUAAAUGAAUUUGAACGGUAUGAUGCAGAUAUGCAUCACCACCAUGUAAAGGGUUAAGGCAUGUUCUAAUGCCUCCACGUGAAACCACGAUACCUAAAUACUCUACAUUUUCUUUAAAAAAAUUAGAUUUCUCACGCGAAACUCUCAUGUUGGCCUCAUAUAAUUUGUCUAAGACUUAUGCUGUGUUUUACAUGCUCGUGCAUAUUUUCUGAAAAAAUGAUAACGUCGUCGACGUAGACAUAGCAUGAUUUCCCUAUUUGUUCCCUGAGCACAUCGUCGAUGACUCUCUGAAAAAUGCUGGGUACAUUCUUCAAUCCAAAGGGUAGUCUACAGAACUCAUAUUUUCCAUUUCCUACCGAGAAGGCCGUUUUUUCUCUGUCGCUCUCGGCGAGUAGUAUCUGGUAAAAACCAGACUUUAAAUCUAACGUGGUAAAGUAUUUUUCCUUUCCUUAAUUUGCCAAGAUGAAAACCACGUUCGGGAUAGGGUAUUUGUCAUCUAUUGUCUUCAAAUUAAGCUUUCUGAAUAGACUUCAGGCGUUUUUUGUGUUUCCCUGUUCAUCGGUCCCUUUUUUAUCUACAACCCAAACGGGGUUGUUAUAUGGAGAACGAGAUGGUCGGAUCGCCUGUGUUUAUGUGUUUACAAAGUCGGACACGCCCAUCGGGUCAAGUACGACGUCAGUCUUUUUUAGUACGUCCAGUCCAAUAAUUCCAUCAAACGUUGUUAAGUUUGGUAGCAAGAAAAAUGUUGUAGUUGUAUUAAGAAGGUUUGAUGUAAUUCUUGGAAGCCCCAGUGUCUACUAAAAGAUUGAAUUUUUUACCCAUGCAGAGGAAAAGGGUAUUAUAAUUUCAGUUAGAAGUUUGCAACGCAGUGAAGGAGACACCUCAGACCCCAUAUAUGUAUAUUCUUGAUCAGCAUCACGAACUGAAUCGAAAC